UCUGUUAAGCAUGACUGCCAGGAGUUGUUUAAUCUCUGGCAGAUUCAUGAGGCUCGAUCUGGAAGGUUUUUUGUACCUCCUUGGGCAAUAAAGGACUGGUGGCAUAGAAACAGCAGGAUUCAUCUGGAAAAAGAUUUCUCUUAAUAAAUAAGAAAAUCACAAUUUGUCUAGCCAGAAAAGUGAGAGAAGAUGAAUCAAGUGAAACUUUUUUCUUUAAAGAUGAAUGAUGGAUACUUCAUGCCUUUGUUGGGAUUGGGCACCUCUGCUUCUAAGGUUGUUAAGAGUGAGGUAGAAAAAGCUGUCAUGAGAGCAAUUGAUGUUGGCUACCACCAUAUUGACUCAGCAUAUAUUUACCAAAAUGAAGAAGAAAUUGGGAGGGCCAUCCAGAUGAAGCUUGCAGAUGGUACCGUGAAGAGGGGUGAUUUAUUCCUCACUACAAAGCUGUGGAACACUCUUUUCCAUCUAGAAUCGGUCCAAACCUGCCUGGAAAGCUCGCUGAGAAAACUUCAACUGAGCUACGUGGAUCUUUAUCUUAUUCAUUCCCCAACAGCUCUGAAGCCUGGGGAGGACCCAAUCCCAGAGGACACCCAUGGAAACAUCACUUUUGACACAGUGGAUCUCUGUAUCACGUGGGAGGCCCUGGAGAAGUGUAAGGAUGCAGGGCUGACCAAGUCCAUCGGGGUGUCCAACUUUAACCACAAGCAGCUGGAAAAGAUCCUGAACAAGCCGGGACUCAAGUACAAGCCUGUUUGCAACCAGGUGGAAUGUCACCCUUACCUCAACCAGAGCAAACUACUAGAGUUCUGCGAGUCCAAGGACAUUCUCCUCAUUGCCUACGCUCCCUUGGGGUCUGACUUAAGGAAGAAAUGGGUGAAAAAGGAAAAUCAGGUUCUCCUGCAGGAUCCAGUACUCAAUGCCAUUGCUGAAAAGCACCGGCGAACUUCACCCCAGGUAGCCCUGCGCUACCAGCUACAGCAGGGUGUGGUGGCCCUGGCCAAGAGCUUCAGUGAGAAGAGGAUCAAGGAGAACUUCCAGGUUUUUGAAUUCCAGUUGACCCUGGAGGAUAUGGAGUGUCUGGAUGGCCUAAAUAGAAACAUACGCUAUUUUGACUGUGGCGAGUUUGCUCAUCAUCCAGAUUAUCCAUUUCACGAGGAAUGUUAACAACUGUGUCUGUGGUUGUUCCAGAGUUCUUGCAUUGGGGUUGAUGAUCGAACCACAUCUCAAGGUGCCUGCUUUAUUAGACAUCACUUAGCCUGGUCAGUUAUACUACUAGAGUAGGAAAUAAAAAUCUCUGAACCGAGUCUUUUUCCCCAAAAGUAAAUAAAGACACAAUCCAAACAAUCCAACAUACUGCUUGUUUAGCUUUCUCAUCUUUUCCCCCUGUGUAACUGAGAUUGAAAUGCUGAUGUCCCUGGAAGUAAUUGUAGAAGAUGGAGCCCUCAGAAAAAGCUAACCAUAGUAUAUUUUUCAAAUAUUCCAGGUGUGGCUUUUCACCUGUCUGUAGUUCUUACGUGUUUUUUCCUCUUCCGUUCAAUGAAUUUCCCACACUAUGCAAUUUUAUGAGACCUUUUAAAGGGAUCUAAAGCUUAAUGAGAAAUAGA